CGGUCGCUCGUCAUGGGCCGCAUCUAUGGCCUCAUAGGGCUGGGAGGCGUGUACCGUCGAUUGGGACACGUUCGCUCACAUCGGGAUUCGGGGGGAAGGAGAAGAAGAGUGGCACCAAGGCCCGAGGUAAGAAGAGGCCAAAGAAGGGAAACACUUCCCGAAAGGGGAAGGAGAAGGUGGUCGAUGAGGAGGAGGAGGAGGAGGAGGAGGAGGAGGAGGAGGAGGAGGAGGAGGAGGAGGAGGAGGAGGAGGAGGAGGAGGAGGAGGAGGAGGAGGAGGAGGAGGAGGAGGAGGAGGAGGAGGAGGAGGAGGAGGAGGAGGAGGAGGAGGAGGAGGAGGAGGAGGCAGCAGAGGGCGAUGGCGAUAGCAGUGGACCCAACGAGCCUGUCAAGAGGGCCAAGGAGGGAUCCCCAUGGGACUGCAGUGACGGCGAGAGUGGGAGGAGGACGAGGAGGGGAGGAGCAGGAGAGGCGGAGAGGGACUAGGAGGAUGAGGCUGAGCAGCAGGAGGACAGGGAGGAGGAGAGGAGGAGUAGGACGAGGACGAGGCAUGGACGGGGGAGGACUAGGUGGGGGAGGACUAGGGGGGAGAGGACUAGGCGGGGGAGGACUAGGAGGGGGAGGACUAGGGGGGGGAGGACUAGGGGGAUGACGCUUAGGAGGAGGACGGGGG